CGAGCUGUCAAGGAGCGAACGACGGAACAUCAGAAGGCAGUCCAAGCGUCAGAGACCCUAAGCAUAUCUGCGCGACUUAUCGGGGCAUCAAGCUCGAAAGUUCUGCUGCACCAGAAGACCAGAAGACCAGGUAUCUUGGCCUCCUUUCAGCAUCGCGUGAGCUUCGAAACUCGAAACUCGUCUAGGCGUCGCAACACCCGCCCUCAGCUUGCCGUCAUGCCCGUCGAACACGCAUUCGGUGUCGUCUACACGCCUUCCAACGUCGACUCGUAUGGCCGACAGAGCCCUCCACUCACCGAAGAGUAUCUCGAUAGGCACGGCGUCCAGUUCAUCCGAAUCACCUGGGUCGACUGGAUCAACAACAUUCGCUACCGCGUCAUCCCCCGGCCAUACUUCAAGAAGCUCCUCGAGUCCGCUCGUCCCGGCGUGUCCAUCACCAAAGCUGUGUUUGGCCUCGUCGCCCUCGCCCUCGCACCAGGCUUCACCGGAACGGGCGAAUACCACUACGUUCUCGAUCUGAGCAGCUUCAAGCUCGCCCCCUAUGAACCGGGACAUGCGACUGUCUUUGGCUUCUUCCAGUACAAGGUCCCCGACCCCGAGCACGGCCUCGUCGUGCCCUACUGCCCCCGCACGCUCCUCAAGAGGAUCGUGAAGCGUGCCCAAGACGAGGCCGGCGCAUCCUACCUCGUCGGCUUCGAAUCGGAGUUCAUCCUCCUCAACGCCACAAAGUCCCAGAUCGUUCCCGUCAACGAAGCCGAUUGGUCGGUGUCAUCGAAGAUGCCCUCCGGGGCGGUGGAGACGACCGUGAUGCAGGAGAUCGCUGUCAAGCUUGCGGAGGCGGGGAUCGAGUUGCAGAUGUAUCAUGCAGAGGCAGCACCGGGCCAGUAUGAAGUAGUCACGGGCCCCUUGCCUCCUCUUGAAGCCGCAGACGCGUUGGUCAGCACGCGUGAAACGAUCCACAACGUCGCCAGCAAGUACGGCCUCCGUGCGACGUUCGCACCCCGUCUGUACUCCACAAGCACCGGCAGCGCGGCGCACGCGCACAUCUCAGUGCACAAGGCCGGACCCAACAAGGCGCCCACGCGCGCCGACGACGACCUGGGGCCAACGAUGACGCAGGCCGAACGGUCCUUCCUGCAGGGCGUGCUCACACACGCGUCCGCGCUCUGCGCGCUCACGCUCCCGACGCGGUACUCGUACGCGCGCGUCGUCGACGGCGUCUGGUCCGGCGGGACGUACGUCUCGUGGGGCACCGAACAGCGCGAGGCGCCCGUGCGCCUCACGGGCGCGCAGGGCCAGCACCACUUCGAGGUCCGCUUCAUCGACGGCACCGCGAGCCCGCACCUCGCGCUCGCCGGCGUCCUCGCCGCGGGCUCCGAGGCGCUCGUCCGCGGCGCACUCCUCACCUCGCGCGACUGCGCCACGCCCGUCGCGCUCAUGAGCGAGGAGCAGCGCGCGGCGCACGGCGUGCAGAACGCGGGCCGCCUCCCGCUGACGCUCGAGCAGGCGCGCAAGAACCUCGCGGCGGACAAGGAGCUCGGGGCUGUCUUUGGCGACGACUUUGUUGAGAAGUACAAUGGUGUCAACGCGCUCCUCGAGAAAAUACUCACGGCGGACACGGAGGAAGCGACGGUGACUAAGCUUGUCAACUUUUACUGAGUAUAUCAGGCAGGUUCGAAACAUACUCGGCAAUAGCCUCGCGAAUGUACUGUAUCCAAGUUAGAAAUCUUUAUAUUUU